AAGCUGACAGUCAGCUGCCCCGAUUGUAGAAACACAACGCAGGCGGAAACAAGUCUCCAAGACACCGGUCACCGAAAUCUUUCCCCAACCCUCCCCCACUCUCCUCAUUUUAUCUCCCUUCUGCCCUACCCAUGAUGGACGAGACGAGCCCGCUAGUUUCUCCGCAUAGGGAUCAGCCAGAUUUUAAUUAUGGUCCGACUGGGCCUGCAAGUCCUCGGGCUGGGUGUACAGGCAUGCCCGGUUCGGUUGUGCGAGUCCCCGCAGGAAGCCCGGGACGGAGCCGGGAGCGACAGCCCCUGUUGGAUCGAGACCGAGGUGGCUCACCCCGGGAUCCGCAUCGAAACGAAUUUCCAGAGGACCCCGAGUUUAAGGAGAUCAUCAAAAAAGCAGAACUGGCAAUUGAGGCCGGAAUUUUCCCCGAAAGAAUCUACCAAGGUUCAAGCGGCAGCUACUUUGUAAAAGAUUUGCAGGGGAAGAUCAUUGGGGUGUUCAAGCCCAAGAACGAGGAGCCCUAUGGCCAACUCAACCCCAAGUGGACCAAGUGGCUUCAGAAACUGUGUUGCCCAUGCUGCUUUGGGAGGGACUGCCUGGUGCUGAAUCAGGGCUACAUGUCUGAGGCUGGGGCCAGCCUUGUGGACCAGAAGCUGGAGCUCAACAUCGUCCCCAGGACCAAGGUUGUGUACCUGGCCAGUGAGACCUUUAACUACAGCGCCAUUGACAGAGUGAAGUCCAGGGGAAAGAGGCUUGCACUGGAGAAAGUGCCAAAAGUGGGGCAGCGAUUCCACAGAAUAGGUCUCCCACCUAAGGUCGGUUCAUUCCAGUUGUUUGUUGAAGGUUACAAAGAUGCAGACUAUUGGCUUCGCCGCUUUGAGGCUGAGCCGCUACCAGAGAACACCAAUCGGCAGCUGCAGCUGCAGUUUGAAAGAUUAGUGGUGCUGGAUUUCAUCAUCAGGAAUACGGAUCGAGGGAAUGAUAACUGGCUCCUAAAGUAUGACUGCCCAAUGGACAGCGGUGGCUCCAGGGACACAGACUGGGUAUUGGUUAAGGAGCCAGUUAUCAAACUAGCUGCAAUAGACAACGGUUUAGCAUUCCCACUCAAACACCCAGACUCCUGGAGAGCCUACCCGUUUUAUUGGGCCUGGCUGGCUCAGGCCAAGGUCCCCUUCUCCCAGGAGAUUAAAGACCUGGUCCUGCCAAAAAUCUCUGACCCGAACUUCAUCAAGGACCUAGAGGAGGACCUCUACGAGCUGUUCAAGAAAGAUCCAGGCUUCGACAGGGGACAGUUCCAUAAACAAAUUGCAGUUAUGAGGGGGCAGAUCCUCAACCUCAGCCAGGCGCUGAAGGACGAGAAGACCCCCCUGCAGCUGGUCCAGAUGCCGUCAGUGAUCGUGGAGACCGCACGGGCACAGCAGCGCACCAACAGCGAGUCGUACACCCAGAGCUUCCAGAGUCGACGGCCCUUCUUCACAUGGUGGUAGAGCCUGGGGUGGGUGAUAGCCUCCCUUCCAUUGGGGACUGUAUUGAGAGAGAGAGAGAGGCGGGGAGAGAAGGGGUCUGCAUGCCUUGUCAUGCCUCUCAUCUGAGCAUAUUCUUUCCCUUAUUGAGGGACACCGGGGGAACAUGUAUUCUGACUAUCCGGGACCCCUUCCUUUCUUUCUGUCUCAGAAGAAGAGAAAAUGCACAGCUAUGGUACAAUGGAAGGCUUUCCCCCCCCUUUGCUCUCAUCACACUCUGCAGAGCAGUCAUUCAUAGCCCUCCGGUUCAGCAGAACCCAUUUACAUUCCCAGUAGACUUUGCUAUUGGAACCCACGCGCUGAACCCCCUGCUUGACGUGCCGCUGGGAGGCAGGAGAUGCGAUGAUGGUGGUGGUGGUUUGGGAUAGAGGGCAGGUACCAGAGAUACCCGGCCUCCUUCCAGUACUGUCACAGAGGAGUGUGAGCACUACAGGCUGCCUGGGGACUAAAGCUUGGAGUGAAUUAAAGCUUGGAUGGUUUAGGAUAACAAAAUGUUUGAUGAAGGGGUUCCAGUUUCUCCCAAAAGCUGUUUUUCCAGAAUCUGGACCAAAGUCCUACUUCCCUCUUCGGAUCAGCCUCUCACUAAAUCCUCCAGCUCUCUCUGUGCCUGUCUGCUUAUCCCUCUGUGCCUGACAGCUCAGCUUUGUCCUGGAAUUGAAUUGGUAGAAAUGUCAUCUUUUUUGUCGAAUUUCCUUUUCUGUGCUACAGCUUUUCAUUUUUCACUCAGUAGUAGUGUUGUUUACUGACGUUUCUACAAUCUGAGCUGAAAAAUCAACAAAGUCGAAAUAAAUUCUGAAAAGUAUUAAACUUUCGAACAAGAUCACUACUAUGUGACAAAUUGGAGAAAACGCUAAACAUUGGAAAGGACAUCAACCCUUGUACAAAGUAAAUAUCUGAAUGUCAGACAAGAGCAUUAUUAUUUCCUUUUCUGUGUUUUUAUUUUAUUUUUUUACUUUAACUUUAUGUUCUACAUUCAUUUAUUUUUAUGCUAUAAGGUUUGCUGAGAUUCCCACUCAGAAGAGUUUCUUAAAGGUUUUCCAUGGAAAACAUUAACCCUGCCACCACAAAUAUAAAUUGACAUAAACAAAUAUUUAGAAUUUUAAUUAUUUAAAUCCAGUUUUUCAAAUUCUUAAAAAGAGAGCGAGACAGUACUUCCUGUAACAGGAAAUGCAUGCUGCUGCAAGUUCCAUCCACAUAGAUAGUCCCCUGUUCCCCCCUGCUAUCCAUCUAAAUGAUUCCUCUGAUAAAAUGGUUUGAUGGCCCCAUCUGGGAAACCUGUGACUGUGUAACCUUAGAGCUGCUAAAGGCAGGACCUGAAACAUUUGGUCCAGAGCUACAAUGCAGUGUAAUGGGAAAAGCUUCACUGACGGGGAGGAGAAGGGAUACUUCUUCUUAAUGAAUGGAGUGAUACGAUUGGCUUUCCAAUUGGACGUGUAGCAGCUUCCAUACCUUAUCAGAAACUCCAGAUUCAGAGAAGUAACUAGCAACUGCUGUAUUACGCACUUAAAUAAAAACCAACGCACUGCACAGUACAGAGCCCGACUCCAGAGCGUAGACUGUGAAGUGUCUGCCUCCAGGCUCAGGCUGUGGCAUGAUCUGUGUUUCUUCUAUUUCCUGGGCAGUAUGUACGCACUCUCUUAUUACACGACUGAGACGUACAAGCCGUGUGCAUGCAUCUGACACGCCUUUCGGCAGCAAGGGGAACAAGAGAUUGAGUUAGUACACAGUAGGUCCUCCCUUGGUUAUGGGACUGCCGAGUUCACGGUGGUUCAUCUGUCCUCCAUGCUUUCAGGAAUCUUUGCAAAGAUGUUCAUGCUUUGCAAAUGUGUAAUGGGUUACCUAAGAAUAGUAAACAGAUCUGCUUUUAUGUGCGCUCUGCAUCAGUUCUAGCCAUUGCUAUUCUUACAGGUAAUUAAACAAAGGCGAAUGGUCCAUAGAAGGCCAUUGGGGGAGUGAGGGGGGUUGAUCUGAAGUGAUCUAUUGUAAUGUGAGGGGGAGUAGACAGGACUGUGUGAAUGAAAGCACUGGGUUCCUGUUAGUCCCCUUGCUGCAGACUUUGUUGCAGGUAAAAAUAAGAUAUUGUGAUUAAAAUCUUAUUGUUUACCAAAAUGUGCCGCUGUAGCUACCAAACUGACCUGAAGUACUGUUCUGAAAAUGCACUAUAUAAUUUGUAUGUAAUAUAUUUAAUGAAAGAAAUAUAACAGAA